CAAACAUGUUCAAGUUCGUAAUUCUAUUGUCGGCAUUCGCCUGCGUACUGGGCGCAUCUGUACCUGAGGGUCUCGUCCCGCAAUUGGAUGGACGUAUUGUCGGUGGUGCUGCUACCACGAUCAGUUCCUUCCCAUGGCAAAUAUCCUUGCAGCGUUCGGGCUCUCAUUCUUGCGGUGGAUCGAUUUACAGCUCUAACAUCAUUGUAACCGCUGCUCACUGUUUGCAAAGGGUUACCGCUUCUGUGCUGAAGGUCCGCGCUGGUUCCACAACCUGGAACUCCGGCGGUGUAUUGAUACAGGUCUCCGCAUUCAAGAAUCACGAAUCUUACUCCUCCAGCGCCUAUACCAACGACAUUGCCGUUAUCCGUUUGGCUUCUUCACUUUCGUUCAGUUCAUCCAUCAAAGCAAUCAGUUUGGCUAGCUCAGCACCUGCCAAUGGCGCCGCUGCUGCUGUGUCCGGCUGGGGUACUCUAACAUCCGGUGCGUCGUCAAUUCCCAGCACAUUGCAGUAUGUCGAUGUGAAUAUUGUCAGUUUGUCUAGGUGCGCUUCGAGUUCUUAUGGCUAUGGUAGCCAAGUCAAAGGCGCCAUGAUCUGUGCUGCUGCAUCCGGCAAAGACGCUUGCCAGGGUGAUUCUGGUGGCCCAUUGGUAUCUGGUGGAGUGUUGGUUGGUGUUGUAUCCUGGGGUUACGGUUGUGCAUACUCCAACUAUCCAGGUGUGUACGCUGACGUGGCUGCUCUACGUUCGUGGGUGGUGCGCGCCGCUAGCUCAGUUUAAAUAUCAUAUUUAAAUAGCAUCAGUAAAAAUUUUGCAAGUGAAUAAAAUUUAAAAAUUUUCUAUCGAAA